GUGUGGAUCUGCUCUGAGGGAGUGUACAGUAUCAUAUUCCUCUAAAGACAUCCUGACUCUAACCUGUUCAGACUCUGUCAGGCUGGUGAAUGGGACCAGUCUGUGCUCAGGUGGACUGGAGGUGAAGUCUAACCAGUCUAACCCGUCCUGGUCCUCAGUGUGUGAGGCUGACUUUGACCAGCAGGAUGCUCAGGUGGUCUGCAGGCAGCUUGGCUGUGGGGCUCCUUCAGUCCUCCAGGGGGCGCUCUAUGGAGAAGGGGAGGCUCCAAUGUGGACCAAAGAGUUCCAGUGUGGAGGCAAUGAGUCUGCUCUCCUGGACUGUAGCUCAGCCUCAGAGAGAAACACCUGCUCACCUGGCAGAGCUGUUAGCCUCACCUGCUCAGAGCCGGUCAGACUGGUGGGAGGAGAGAGUCGCUGUACAGGAGCUCUGGAGCUGAAUCAGGGAGAAUGGAGACCAGUGAAGGGCUCUCCCUUGACUCUGGAGGCAGCAGGUGUUGCCUGCAGAAAACUGGACUGUGGCUCUGCUGUUUCUGUAGGAAGCAGUAAGCAGUCCUCAGAGAGACCUGUGUGGGGGAUCAGAUCUGGCUGUGUUGAGUCUGGAUCUGCUCUGAGGGAGUGUGCAACAGAAACUUCCUAUUACUACUUCCUGACUCUUUCCUGUUCAGGUAAGUUCCUUUGACUUU